CCCCUCUGUUUCUCCGAAGUUUCGGGCGAUUCCUUCUGCCCGGAGACCCGCCUCCCGGCGGCGUGCUCCCCACGAGGGGGCCUUCUGCGCCGCCCCCUCCCUCCCCCCGGCACUGCACGGCCGAAGGAUCGCGCACGGGGCUCCCUCCCCAGCUCAGUCUCCUCCCCACGCGCCCCCUCUCCGCCGCGCCGGCCAGCGCGGGCUGCGUCCCCGGCACUGCCCCCCGCCCGCUUCCGAGCCUGAGCCGCCGCGCCGCCGCAGGCUGCGGGAGCUGCGCCGCCCGUGCUCCCGGCGCGCUCCGGCCCCGCUCGGCCCCGGCUCCCCGCUCCCCGCGCGCGGACCAUGGAGUGAGGGAGCGGGCGGUCCCGCGACGCGCUCCCGCAGCCGGCGAGGCCGGAGCCAGCCCGGGUGGCCUCGCCAGCCCGCGGAGUUGGCCAGCGGCGGGCCCUCCUCCCGCCGGUCCUUUCCCGCUCCUCCUCCUCGGCCGCCGCCGCCCCCACCUCCCGGCCGCCCCCGCCGCCCCCGCCGCGCCGCCGCCCGAGGCCGAGCGCGGACGCCGAGCGUGGGAGCCAUGGCGCGCGAGGAAGAGAGGGACCCCGAGCGCCGGGAGGCGGCGGCGCGGGCCAGCGGCGAGGAGGAGGAGGAGGGCGAGGAGGGACUGAGCGACAGCGACGACGAGGACGAAGACGACGAGCCCGGCAGCGGCAGGGAAGAGGAAGAGGAGGCGGCGGCGGCGGCCAGGCGGGAGCGCAGCGAGGACGCGCGGCUGCAGCGCGCAGGGGUGCCUCCCGCCGCCGUCCCCGCCGCGGCCGCCCGCGACAGGAGCGGCCGCCGCCAGCCGGGGCCCCCGCCGGGGCCGCUGCCUUGCCGCUCGAGGAUGCCGUCGCCCGACGACGAGGACCGCGAGCGUCGCCGGAGCCGCCGGAGGGACCUUCUGCUGAGCCAGCUCUGCUUCCUGGCCUUGGUGGCGCUGCUGCUCUGGUCGCUGUCGAGCAUGCAAGAGCAUAAUGACCUCGACUUCAUGGACCUCCUAGGGGAAGACAGACAAUGGACGGUGGGGAGGAAGUUAAUGCAGGUGAACGAUACUCUGACUUCAGAAGAUGCAGGACUCCGGAGCAGCAAGAACUGCACUGAACCAGCCCUGCACGAAUUCCCCAAUGACAUCUUCACCAACGAGGAUCGAAGACAGGGGGCGGUGGUUCUCCAUGUGCUCUGCGCCAUGUACAUGUUUUACGCACUGGCCAUUGUGUGUGAUGACUUCUUUGUCCCCUCCUUGGAAAAGAUCUGUGAGCGCCUGCACCUCAGUGAAGAUGUAGCUGGAGCCACGUUCAUGGCAGCAGGGAGUUCGGCCCCAGAGCUGUUCACAUCCGUCAUAGGGGUCUUCAUCACCAAGGGUGACGUGGGAGUUGGGACCAUCGUGGGCUCUGCAGUGUUCAAUAUCCUGUGCAUCAUUGGUGUCUGCGGGCUCUUUGCUGGGCAGGUUGUGGCUCUUUCCUCGUGGUGCCUGCUGAGGGAUUCGAUUUACUACACGCUGUCUGUGGUCGCGCUCAUCGUGUUCAUUUAUGACGAACAAGUUUCCUGGUGGGAGUCUUUAGUCCUUGUGCUGAUGUAUCUUGUCUACAUUGUCAUCAUGAAAUAUAACGCUUGCAUCCAUCAGUGCUUCGAAAGGAGAACGAAAGGUACUGGAAACAUGGUCAACGGCUUAGCCAACAAUGCAGAAAUCGAUGACAGCAGCAAUUGUGACGCAACUGUGGUGCUACUCAAGAAAGCCAAUUUCCACCGCAAAGCGUCAGUGAUCAUGGUAGAUGAGCUGCUGUCAGCCUACCCUCACCAGCUUUCUUUCUCUGAGGCUGGACUUCGAAUCAUGAUCACCAGCCACUUCCCCCCCAAGACCCGACUCUCCAUGGCCAGUCGCAUGUUGAUCAAUGAGAGGCAAAGACUCAUAAACAGUAGGGCCUACGCCAAUGGAGAAUCUGAGGUGGCCAUCAAAAUCCCAAUUAAGCACACCGUGGAGAAUGGAACAGGGCCCAGCAGUGGCCCAGACAGAGGUGUGAAUGGGACUCGGAGGGAUGAUGUUGUUGCUGAGGCUGGUAACGAGACAGAGAAUGAGAAUGAGGACAAUGACAACAACGAGAAUGAUGAAGAGGAAGAGGAGGAUGAAGAUGAUGAUGAAGGACCAUACACACCAUUCGACCUCCCCUCUGGAAAACUGGAAACAGUGAAGUGGGCAUUCACCUGGCCACUGAGUUUUGUCUUAUACUUCACGGUACCCAACUGCAACAAGCCACGCUGGGAAAAGUGGUUCAUGGUGACAUUUGCUUCCUCCACGUUAUGGAUUGCAGCCUUCUCCUACAUGAUGGUGUGGAUGGUCACAAUCAUUGGAUACACGCUGGGGAUUCCUGAUGUCAUCAUGGGGAUCACCUUCCUGGCAGCUGGAACCAGUGUGCCUGACUGCAUGGCCAGCCUCAUCGUGGCCAGACAAGGCAUGGGAGACAUGGCUGUGUCCAACUCCAUUGGGAGCAACGUGUUUGAUAUCCUCAUUGGCCUUGGUCUCCCAUGGGCCCUGCAGACCCUGGCUGUGGAUUAUGGAUCCUAUAUUCGGCUAAACAGCAGAGGACUGAUCUACUCCGUGGGCUUACUCCUGGCCUCCGUCUUUGUUACGGUGUUUGGCGUUCACCUGAACAAGUGGCAGCUGGACAAGAAGCUCGGGUGCGGGUGCCUUUUCCUGUACGGUGUGUUCCUGUGCUUCUCCAUCAUGACAGAGUUCAACGUGUUCACCUUUGUGAACUUGCCCAUGUGCGGGGACCACUGAGCCGCCUGGCCACCCACCGAGCCUCAGUCCUUCUUUACUGUGCAAUACAAGACCCGGCCGCACCCCGAGUCAUGCGGGCCCCCAGAGCCAGCGCAUCUGGCUCUCCCGUGCUGUUCACAGGCCUCUGCUCCUGCCUUGGUGGCCCAGGCUGUUCCCACCCCUCCCUGCUCCCCCUCCUCCAUGGGUUUCUCUCACCCACCCCUUCCUGCCUCCUCCGUGUGAAGACUCUGACAUCCGCGUGAAUUUUCAAGCUCCAUUUUUGAACAGUGACUGAGAUUCUAGAAAAACUGGCUGCUAACUGGCCCAAGCCAGGCAAAACUUACUACAAUCCCUCCUCCUUUUUUAAGUUAUUGGAUGGAAGACAAACCUAAUUUAUGACCUGAGACUGUCGAAGGAAUAGAGAGGAGAGGGUGUAUUGAUGCUAGGGAGUGUUUGGGAUUUUGUUAUGUUUUGAGGCAAUACCUAGGUUACUACUGGGUUUGGGUGGGGUUGUUUCACUUUGGGGGGCUCCCCUUUUUAUUCCUUUUCUUCCAGAGAUGGAGAACUUCUCUCGCAUCUUUCACCGGGCUCUGGAUUAGAGGAUGAUCCACAGGUUGUCCCCGCCAUGUCUUCUGGGAUCAAGUCCCAGGCAUGGUGGAACAUGCAUGAAUUUAGUGCUUAGUAGAGGAACAUCUGGGCGAGGCCACGGGGAACAGAUGCAUGACGUUUCAUACGCAAGGAUGCCUCCCUGAAGUCCUGUAGGCGUCAUCUAGGGGGCACAAGGCUUUUGAGGAAGAAGACAGCUUCCCACAUAUCCAUUAGGACAAUCAUUUUGUCACUAGGUUCCUUCUAGUCUUUCAAGCAAUAGUUCUAGCCUGCCUGAGGCCUUUGAUGAGGGGCCCCGGUUACACCACCUGUCCUGGAGGUGCCGGGAAGUCAGCGCCAGAAGUUUCCCAGCCCAAGAGUCCCUGAGAUGCGCUCUCAUCACUUGGUAUUCAGGGUGACAGGGAGAGACCCAGAGGCCACCACUGCUUUUUGUGCAGGAGCUACAGACACUGGUUUCUUGGAAAACGGAGAGAAGCGCACUUUGCACAGACGUCGUCAAUAAAGUCCCAAUUUGCCAUUCGGUAUUGAGUACACUGGACCCUGACAGCUGGCUUUUGGGCCAGCGUCCUUCCUCGUGGGACGCCUCCACCAAGCUGCCCCAGCUCCACCCCUCCCAUCCUGGAGGGAUGGCGAGGGAAGGAGGAAACAGAGAACUGACACCUUGGGAACCACAGAAUGUGUUCAAUGCAGACUCGCUCAAGGGCAUAAGUUAUUGUGAACGUUGCUGCCAAUCACUGCUCAACAGCCCUGCUAGAUUUUGUAUGAUGCUGAAUUAUUAUGCAGACUAAUUCCACCGAGUUGAGACCCACCCAUGCUUGUUACACUUGUAUUUAUUGAAACUGUGGAUUCUUGCCCGUGCCGCCCCCUGUAUUUACUUUAAGCACUGAUCACUUAUCAUUCAUUCAGUAUGGUUUUCCCCCCCGCCCCCUCCCCUUGUACACAUUCUGGUAUGAAUUGUAAAAAUAACCUGCUACAAAUUGGUUGAAUGUUUCUGUCAAUGGUGCAAACCAAGGCCAGCGUUAGCCAGCCGACGAGGCACCUGCCCGAAGAAGGAACGGGAGGGGAAAUCACCAAUUUGGGCUCUCAGAGCUAAGACACACAUAUUGAUUCUGUUGCACAUUUUGCACUGGUUUAUGGAGAUUGUUUUCUUGGACGGAUAGUGUAAAAUAAACUUCUCUGUUCUAUAUCC